AUUUCAUUUAGUUAAUAACGCGAGAGAUUAAUGUUAAAAUUCAUUCCGAAUGGUGCUUAUUAGUGUAAAUACAAAUUGUCAAUAAAGUCUGCAUUUGAUAUUCUAUUAUUGUUGUUUUAAUUAUAUUAGAAAUUAUAUAAAAAAACACUGUACUGCAUUAUAAUUCUUAUAGGAAUUGGAGGGUACAUAUGUUGGGUUUGAUAUGUUUUAUUUUGUAACUGUCUGUAUAUAACUCUAAUAGAUAUCUGAUAGACCUGUUGGUGGCAGUAAAACACCGCCGGUCAGCUCCAAACCAGGGGAAGAAGUCUCCAUCUUCCAUGUGUUUCAGUCCUUCAGUAGUUUUCCAGACACCAAGAGCUCAUUAAAGCCUUUGUAAUCGCAUUGCCUGAACAGUCCAGUAGACACAAUGCUAAGUGACACAGAGGCUCAAGAGCUCCUCUCUUUCCUCCGACUGGACACGAGGGCAGAUGUUAAGGGCCAGGCAACGGAAUACAUACUUGGACUGACAGGAACACGUGAUGGCUGCCGUUACCUACGGACAAAGCCUGACUUCCUCAAGGCUCUGGUCACGCUCACAGCAGAUGUCUCUAUCGCCAUAGUGAAGGACUGUUACCAUGCCCUGGUCAACCUCUCAGCUGAUGAAACACUGCACAAGCCCUUGGUGAAGGAGACAGGCAUUUUACCCAUCCUGCUAACCCACCUGUUUGACCCAGAGUAUGAGUUCUCUGACCGCAUCUGCUCCAUCCUCAGCAACCUUUCCAGGCAUGAAAAGACGUGUGUGGACGUGUUGCACGAGCUGCAGAAGCAGCAGAUCGGCAUGGCCAAGAUAGUCGAGAUCUUCUGCACCGAGGGCUUUAAUAAGAGAGCAUCGCUUCAUUACCUGGGAACACUGCUGUCCAACCUCACCCAGUUACCUGAGGCCAGGCACUUUAUUCUGGACAAGGAAAGGUGUGUGAUACAGAGGCUUCUUCCAUACACACAAUACGAGGCAUCAGUGACUAGACGUGGUGGAGUUGUGGGGACUCUCCGAAACUGCUGCUUUGACUACACCCAUCAUGAGUGGUUACUGAAUGAUGAGGUGGAUAUUUUGCCCUUUCUGCUCUUGCCGCUGGCUGGUCCCGAGGAGCUAUCUGAAGAGGAGAACGAAGGUUUGCCUGUGGAUCUGCAGUACCUUCCAGAGGACAAAAAGAGAGAGGAAGACCCUGACAUCCGCAAGAUGCUUAUCGAGACACUAUUGCUGCUUACAGCCACCAAAGCGGGACGGCAGAUUAUGAAGAAGAAAAACGUUUAUCCCAUAAUGCGCGAGUUUCAUACGUGGGAGAAGGAACCGCACGUGAUUUCAGCCUGUGAAAAGCUUGUACAGGUAUUGAUCGGAGACGAGCCAGAGGAAGGGAUUGAGAACCUGAUGGAGGUGGAUAUUCCUGAGGAUGUGGAGCAGAAGCUAAAGGACUUGGAUGCCAAAGAGCAGGAGCAGAUUGAGAAAGAGCAACAGGAGCUGCUUAAAGCGGAAACAGAGAGGUGUAGCAACUUGGAGCCGGAAGGAUUGGAACGAUGAACACCACACACACACACACACACACACACACACACACACACACACCUAUCACUAAUUCCUAACGAGCCAAUUUUAUAAUCCUGUCACCCAAAAAAUGAAUUCCUGUCAUGGCUUUGGUGCUUUGCUGUUUUAAUAUUAUGAGCUAGUAAAGGGGAUAAUGUUGAUUUAAAGGCACAGCUUUAUGACGGCCCCCCGGAGUCUUAGGGAAAAACUGGAUCUGGAUACUAAUUAGAAUAUCAGCUGUGGAGACAGAGCGCAUGCUGACUCGAUGUAAAAAAAAACAACAGAAAAGUCUUUUUUUUGUUUUCUGUACACAGAUUGAAUAAUUUGAAUAUUUUAUAUUAAAAUAAUUUUUUUCUCUGUUUUGCUUUUAAUCAAUUGGUGUUUCGACUGGUGUUGUGACUACAACAACCACUUUCUCACAUACUCGACAUUGGGCAUAGACUUGUCAAAAUUGCCAUUGCAGUUUAUUAUAUAUUAACAAUAUUUAAUAGUAGGUCAGUGUGAAGUUAUAUAACUGGGUAGAAUAAGAUGGUGUACCAGAGUAUAUUUAAAAAAAAAAAACCCUGAACAAUGAAAGGAAAAAAGUACAUAUGUAACAAGAAAUUUAGGAAUUGAGAUUUAAGAUUUCAACACACUAACUUAAGUAAUAAACUCUAUGGACAAAGGUUUGUGGA